CGUGGCUUGUACAAUAUAAACACUGCUGUUCCGCUCAUGAUCGCUUACACUGGAUUUCAAGACAAGCCUUAUUCAUGUACCUGGUUUUGGACUUUAAGAUCAUAUUCUCGAGAGUGGCAAGGUCCUUCAACACUUGAGGUGUUGUUGUGAGUUGGUUGACAGUCCGUAAUCUUCUUGCCUUGUCUAGAUCUGCAACGAACAAGGCGGCGCUCCGAACAAAAGCCAGUGAAUUUGACAUUGCAGAUAGCGUACAUUCGUUGUUUUUAUCUAUACAUUUCAGUAGGCCUACAGUUUUAUUGGUGAACAGUUAAACUGUGUUCAUAACAAUGAAUAAAUCUAAAUUAGCAAUCGGACUUUUUGUCGCAGGUACGCUCACUGCAGUGUUUGGGUUAGUUAUUCUAUUCGUUGGACCAAUCAUCAUUGACGACCAAAUUGUGAAGAACUUAAUAAUAGACCCUAAGAAUGAGAUGUCCUACACCAUGUGGAAGGACGUCCCUGUCCCGUUCUUCAUGUCUGUCUACUUCUUCAACAUCCUCAACCCCACCGAAGUCCUUGCGGGAGAGAAACCCAUGGUGGAGCAGAGAGGACCAUACGUAUACAGGAAGCGUCUUCAGAAGCAGAACAUCACGUUCCAUCCCAACGACACAGUGUCGUAUCUUGAAUACAGGAGCUACUUCUUUGAGCCCAGCAUGUCAGUGGGCAACGAGUCGGAUGUGGUCACCAUCCCCAACAUGCUGGUGUUGGGUGCGGCGGUGAUGAUGGAGAACAUGCCAUUCGCGGUGCGUCUGUUGCUCAGCACCACCUUUAAGGGCUUUGAGGAGGGACCCUUCCUAAACAAGUCUGUAGGGGAGCUGAUGUGGGGCUACGACAGCAAGCUGGUGGACUUCCUCAAUAAAUGGUUCCCUGGGAUGCUGCCCUCCACUGGCAAGUUUGGCCUCUUCUCUGAGUUCAACAACUCUAACACUGGUCUGUUCACCGUCCACACGGGGAAGGAUGACAUCCGGCUGAUUCACAAAGUGAACUCCUGGAACGGCUUGACCAAGUUGAUAUAUUGGAAGACUCCCCAGUGUAACAUGCUCAACGGUACAGCAGGACAAAUGUGGCCUCCCUUCAUGACCAAGGAGUCCACACUGCCGUUCUACAGUCCUGACGCCUGCAGGUCUUUGGAGCUGGUGUACCAGCGGGAGGGGAUAAUGAAAGGGAUUCCCCUCUAUCGCUUUGUGGCUCCUACGACUAUGUUCGCUAAUGGCUCCGACUACGCUCCCAAUGAGGGCUUCUGUCCCUGCAGACAAUCUGGCCUCCUCAACGUCAGCAGCUGCAGAUCCAACGCCCCAGUGUUCAUUUCCCAACCCCACUUCUACAAUGCUGACCCUGUGCUGCUGGACUACGUACAGGGACUUCAGCCUACUGAGGACGAACACGGACUAUUCAUAGACAUCCACCCAGAGACUGGUGUGCCUCUGAAUGUGUCUAUCCGUCUGCAGCUCAACCUGUACAUGAAGAAGGUGUCGGGUAUCACGGAAACAGGGAAGAUCUCAGAGGUUGUGAUGCCCAUGAUCUGGUUUGAGGAGAAUGGGUAUAUGGACGGUGCCAUCGUGAAAACGUUCCACACCAACCUGGUGGUAUUGCCAAUGGUGAUGGUGUACAUGCAGUACUGUUUCCUAGGCCUGGGCCUGGCCACCGCACUGGGAGCUGUACUACUACACUACAGCGGGAAGAUCAUAAAAUGUGAGAGGACUGUCAUUCCGGACGCCAGCGUCAGCACUUCAUCCAGCGAGCAAACCCCUCUAAUACAGGACCACGUGGACUAACACGCAUGUAGGGGAGAGCUGCCUAGCCCAGUUCUGCAGGACUCUGUCUGCAUGUGUUGUAUUGAGACUGAUGAUCACUGGAACUCCAAAAACCACUGAUUCUCUCCUGCUAUCUAUCUGUCUCUCUCUCUCUCUCAGCUAUAAACUCUCUCACCUGGUACAGUUCUCACCUGGUCCUGCAUCUGCUCUCGGAGACUUUGGAGACCUUCAUUCUGUUCAGGACUCACGGAUCAACAGGGAAGGGCAGGACCACCCCGGUUGGUUCUGCUCUCUGGUGGUGUCCCAUCCAACCCUCCAAUGAGGAUCCACUCUCGGAAUACAUCACCGCAUCCUCAGUCGCUGUUAUGUGAAUCUUUCCUCGUCUGUUUGUCCUUCCAUUUCUUCCGAUGUUUUAACAACUUAGUAUCUUGUGUUUUUACUAUUCCUGAAAUGCCAUAGAAAACCACUCCACUAGAUCUGUAUUGUCCUGCUUUCCUUUCCUCUGGUCUGUGUAGUAGUUGCCUGUAUGCACGGACCUAGGAUCAGAAAAUCCUACCCUUAGCCUUUAGAGGAAGAAAUGGAAAAGUGACCCCAAAUCUGCACCUAAAAGCAACUUCAUUCUACAAUAUCUCACCAGACCAACGAAUCAAAAAGUGAACUUGUUUCUGGGGUGACUUCCAGUCAAUUCAGGAAGUAGAGAGAAAUUCCAACUAUCUUCCAUGCUUUUCAAUUAGGGAAACUGGAAUUUGGUUUACUUUCUGAAUUGACUGUAAUUUAGAUGGGAUUUACCCCCAACCCAGGGGCAAAGGCCCACCCACUCAGGUUGCGCCAAAAACGCAUAACUUGUCUGUGUUCCAAAUGGGAUAUUAUUUGUCUUUUUUACCUACGCACAGUACUUGACUUGGGCAGGAGCUCACUGGAACUGAGUACUGGCAACUCCAGUGUUCUUCUGCUUGAAUUCCUGCACCUCCUAUUGAAUAUUAACUCCAGUAUUAAGGAGUUCUGGCACUUAAAUAUAAACUGUACCGGCACCCAAAAUGAGUACUGGCAAGUCCAACACUGGCCUAAACAUGUCUAUGCAAACAGAAGGAAGGGUGUGUGUGAAAAUGAAAGGGAUAAAUAUUUACAAUACAUUUUAUUUGGCAGAUACCUUUCAGGGCAUCUUACAUAAAAUCUGGUGCUGUACAUAAAAUCCAUUUAAUUGAGGCCUAUGUAAUGAAUUUGAGUGAAUUAUUUACCGGGGCGUAAAAUAAACUGUCAGUUUACCAAUUUCAAAAUAAUGGGAGGGUUCUUGCACGUGUCACUUCACACUGAUACCAUGUGCAGUAAACUGUAGCAAUAGCUGUGUAGGCUAGGCUAGACUGUGUAGGAUACUCACCGUGAGCCAGAAAAGACUCACUAGCCAACAAAGCUCACUGUUUACAUUUUUUUAAAGAUGCCAUUUCUAGACGAGGAUGUUGGAGCAUAUGCCGUGUUAUUUGAUAUUCGCGAUUUCACCAUGAAGGGCCUCCAGUGCCCCUAUAUAUUACUCAGUUCUAAUUUAAGGGCCUUUAAGACAUUUUCAGUAAAUUCAAUCAGCGCUUACAAUGCUGUUAUCAUUCAAAACUUCUUUUUUUUUUUUUUUUUAAAUCAUAAAACGCUCUUCUCCACUUCGACUCAUGGACAUCAGUCCAGUGAAAUAAAGUUAUUUAAAUGUAUGCUCCGAUGUGCCUCGCAAAUAAUAGGCUCUUGUCUUACCCGUGUUAAUAGCCUAGCUUGGGACUCGUUUUGAAAUAGAAGGGAUUCUACGUUAUUUAUAAGGGAAGGCCUACAUGGAUGAAACUGGGUCUGUUAUUUAUAUAGGAAAAUAGGCAAAUCCAUCAAACAGUAUUUCCAGUCAAUGAUUUUUAGGAAUUGAAUUGGAAAUAGAACUGUGCCCUGUGUUUUUUCUGCCCAUGCAUUAUAGUUAGGCCCUAUAGGCUAUUGACCAUUUAGUUGUUCAUCAGAUUCUUCAUAUGCAAUUAAUAAUAUUCUCACCCAUUACAUUAUUGUCAAUUUAAUCUAGUCUUUAUGCUAACUGUGUGUAAAAUUAUUUUUGAUAUAGUUUAGGUGUAGUUUCGUCGGGCCAUCAGCUGCACAGACCUGAUGGGAGGAAAAAAUGACAUUCUCUUAAUAUCAACCAGAAUUUAGGUUAUAAGCAUUACGAUUCUAACAAUGAUCACGUGUUGGACUUAUUUAGGACGAGUCAAGGACAGGGGUGACAGCUUUAAAAAAUGGCAGAGUAAUUGAAAAAGUGAAUUUCCAGUCAAAAUGACUCUCUCGGCUCUCCUAGUGUUAAAGUUAAGAGUUUUUUUCCCCCCACCUAAAUGUUAGUGGGCCCUGCCAUGAAUGGAUUUCUGCCUAUGCCACUGCCUCAACCCAUGAUUUUCUUUUUUUGCAAUGUUAGGAAUAACGCCUCAUUCAGAGUAGUUUAGUUGAUCUAGAAAUGUCCCUCUGCUGAUGGCAUAGGCACCAAUGUGCCUUUUCAAUUGGGAACUUCUUUGCCCAAGCCCAAAUUGACUCCUAACCCCGUGCCACUCCAUGUAGAUGUGAGAGGAUUGGAUAGCUCUGGUAGCUCCACCUUGCCCUCUGGAUUUUCACCUUGCAGCAAAUGCUCAUGGGAGUCCAAGGCUAGGGGCCAGGGGUCCAUUUGGAAUUGGGCCGUUUAUGGUGUGUCCUGUGUCUAUUGUGGCCAUAGACCAGGGCUGCUCAAACAUUUGGGCUUGGUGGGCCAAAAUAUAAUCUAAGUGGUGGGCCACGGGCUGAACAUAUAAGUAUUUAUAAAAAAUAAAAUAAAAAGUAAACAAUAGCUUCUUAGUAAGCAAACAUAAAAUCACACUUCAAACAUUGUGUGUCGUGUCCCCCCCCCCCCCCCCAGGGGCCAUUGCACAAAUGUUGCCAUGACUUAUGCCAUGUUCAUAUGAUAUGAGUGAGUGACUAAGUUAACAAUCAGUGGGAUGCCCCUGGUGGGUAGGGCCCCUGGGCACAUGCCCUGCAUGCCCAGUUGGUCAUUUGGUGGUGAUUAGCCUACUACAAGGUUUAGAUAGCUGGCUAGGCUACCUUACCUAGCAAUAAAAACAUAUGUUACCCGACAUGGGCUACAUUACCAUGAGAGGCCAAACCAAAUGUUGUCGGCCCUGCCAUAGACCAUACUGUACACAGUAAUAAUUCUGUGAUUGAAUGUAAAGAGCAUAGUACAUAAACUGCUUGUGUCCAAACUAUGGCUGUGUCUCAAAUGGCACCCUAUAUAAUACACUACCUUUGGCCAGAGUGCACUAUUUAGGGAUUAGGGUGUCUUUUGGGACGCAUGCAAGGGUCUGGAUGCGUUUCAUUGUGUGCUUUUUGACAACACAGGAUCUUUGAAUGAGAUGGCUGAUGUGAGAUUUGUGAAUUUGCGCCGUCGUACUCCUUUAAGUGGUGAGAAUAACUUUGUAAAUAAAUGAAUAAAUGUUCCAUGAAUUGGAGUACAUUACUUCUA